AUUCUCAUUGAUUCCCUACAUCAUUCUUCGCUCAUUCGCUUCUAGCUUCUAGCUAACUUCCUCCUUAGCACUUCGUACGCUUACUUCACCCUUCAUCCAAGAUGGCUCGUACAAAGCAGACGGCUCGUAAGUCCACAGGAGGCAAGGCUCCUCGCAAGCAGCUCGCCACCAAGGCCGCCAGAAAGUCAGCUCCCGCUACCGGAGGCGUGAAGAAGCCUCAUCGCUACCGCCCCGGAACCGUGGCUCUUCGCGAGAUCCGCAAGUACCAGAAGUCGACGGAGCUUUUGAUCCGCAAGCUGCCGUUCCAGCGGCUAGUGCGCGAAAUCGCCCAAGACUUCAAGACGGACCUGAGGUUCCAGAGCUCUGCAGUGAUGGCUCUGCAGGAGGCUGCUGAGGCUUACCUGGUCGGUCUGUUCGAAGACACCAAUCUGUGCGCCAUCCAUGCGAAGCGUGUCACCAUCAUGCCCAAGGACAUCCAGCUCGCCAGGCGCAUUCGCGGCGAGCGCGCAUAGUUUUUGGCUUCAGAUACUUAAUACUUGUCUAUCUUGUAUAUGUCUCCAUUUACGACGUAGUUUUUGUAUCCCCUAAGAAGCGCUAACGAAACGUUGA